CCAUAUGGAAUUCAAAUGUGGCAUGUUAGCUGCAUUCUCUUCAUCUGUCAGCUCCCCAUAGAGGAGGCUCAAAUGUGACAUGCUAAUUGCAAUCCAUGCGAUAAUCAUUAGUUAUAAAUGAAAAAGCUCAUCUGCAAAAUCGCGCCUUUGCUCAAUUUGCAAACAAUGUAGCAGCAUUGUCAAUUCUAAAUCAAUUUGCAAAAAUUGCAUUCUAUGACAUGGGUAAUCUACAAAACCCUAUGGAAUAUAUCUUAAACAUCAACUUCAGAUUCUCGCUCUCUUAGUCACCUAGUGACUAAAUAUUUAUGAUCACUCGCUCUUAGAUUUGAUAUCAAGUGAAUGACUAUGCUUAGCUAAACCCUUGCAUUUUACUUGGCUAAACUAGUUACUAAAAUUUUUGUUGAAGAAUGAACAUCUUCUUCUUUAUUUUUAUUUUCUUCCAAAUAUAUAUCCGGAUUGUUUCUGUUUUGAAAAAAAAAAAACGUAAAUUAAAAAUAAAAAUUAGAAGAUAAAUAGAACUAUACUUUUUCCACGUUAGGCUCCUACAUUUUCUCAUAUCUUUCAACUAAUCAUAUCUCAAAAGUCAAAAGCACUGCAGUCUGCAGCCAUUUCCACAAGUGAGUAUUGUUUCAGUGACAGUAGAGAUUACUGAGAUCGAUCGCCAAGUGCCGAGUCUUUCAAGUAAUAUCAAAUCCAAGGUUUCCGCCACGAUGAAACCGCGCCUGAUGAAGUCUUGCUCAAGUGUUCUAUGGCGGCCCAUUUGUUUUCUCAUCGUUCUGGGCCUUUCGUGCUACAUGAUCUCAAUGUUGUUUAAGAUGACGAAAAGAAUCGAACAUCGUAUACUGUUCGAAUCACAUGAAGCACUCAACAGAUUCUUUUCGAGCAUCGACUCCACCUCAAAGUUGCUUACUCCAUUGAAUCCAUCAGCAGUUAACCUGGCAAGAUCUCUAACUUCGUCACUUAAUGGAACCGAGCUCAAUUUCACUACCAUCCAAACAACGGUUGCGCCAACGUUGUUUCUAGCUCUUUCGACGAUUCCACAUAUCUCACAGGUCUCUUACAUCGGAUUGGAUGGCCUUUUAUUCUCACUUAACAACUACGCGGAUCAAACUUAUGCAGUCUUCUCCAAUGCUUCAUUUUCUUCAAAUUGGUACACUCAACCCAUAAAUAGAGACACGGGGAAAUUAUAUGGCGCCGCAGUUGCUUCAGAUUCUAAGGUGAUAGUAAAUGCAAGUUGGUUCCAAGCCGCCUUAAACAGCACAAGCGGUUAUUCUUGGCUUGGAAGGGGAUGGGACAAAGCUCAAGGUAGCUUAUUCAUGAGUACUGUGGUUAUGGAUGGCAAAGGUGUGAUUUCCCUUGGUAUCCCAGCAAAAUUUGUAGUUGAUCAUUUCGCGGCUUUAGACUUCCAUGGGGGUUAUUUUCACUUGGCUACUGCAGAUGGGCAUGUAAUUGUACAAUCAAAACUUCCGAAAACCCAAUUUCAGAUAAGCAACAACACGGUUUCGGUGCAAACGAUGAGGCCAAAUGGUAAUAUUACAAGUAAUCUUGGUCACUUCCCAUGUAAUACUCCCGAUGAUGACGAUGACGACAACGACAAUGAUGGCGGCAACGGUGACAAGUUGGGAUCUUCUUACUCAUGGAAACUCAAGGGAACCAAGUAUAGGGCGUAUUGCUCCACCCUUGAGAUCAUUGGAGUUCAAUCGGUAUAUGUAUUGACUUGUCCUGCCAAUGGACUUGCAAACCUUGACCACAAAUCGGUUGUGUUGCUUGGCAUUCUGCUAUUUAUAAUUCUUGUUUCUGUUUGCAUAUUCAUAUUCUUAAUAAUAAGAGCAGCAAGAAGAGAGAUGAUUUUAUGUGCGCGGAUCAUAAAACAAGAAGGCGUGACACGUCAGGCAGAGCGCAAAAGUAUGAACAAAACUAAAGCCUUUAGUAGAGCAAGCCAUGACGUGCGUGCUUCAUUAGCAGCCAUCACUGGUUUAAUAGAGUUGUGUCAUCAAGAUGCUAAUCCUGACUCCGAAUUAGCAGCCAACUUGGCCCAGAUGGAUACUUGUACAAAUGACCUCCUAGGCAUAUUGAAUUCCGUUCUUGAUAUAAGCAAGAUUGAAGCCGGAAAAGUGCAACUUGAAAUUGAAGAAUUCAAUCUGGCUCAGCUUCUUGAGGAUGUAGUUGACAUGUUCUAUCCUAUUGCUAUCAAGAAAGGUGUUGACAUCGUGCUCGAUCCUUGUGAUGAUUCAAUUGUCAAAACAUGUAAUGUGAGAGGCGACAGAGGAAAGCUUAAACAGAUAAUGUGCAACUUACUCAGCAAUGCCGUGAAGUUUACAUCUGAAGGUCAUAUCACAGUUCGUGCCAUGGUUCCAAAAACUAGUUAUGAAAAUGAAAUCAUCGCUUCCAAUCAUAAUCGCGUGCUGAAUUGUUUGUCAUGGCUCUUUUACAAGAGUACAGAAGACUUCAAUGAUUUGGAUGCUCUUCAUACAUCUCAGAAAGAUCCAAACAACACGAAGUUUGUCAUUGAGGUCGAUGAUACAGGUGAGGGAAUUCCUAGAGAUAAGCGAGAAUUUGUUUUCGAAAACUUUGUGCAAGUUACAGACCGGGCUACUGGAAAAGAAGGAUCUGGUUUGGGACUUGGUAUUGUUGAAUCUUUGGUGCGUCUAAUGGGCGGAGAAAUAAGAAUUCUUGAUAAAGAGAAUGGUGAGAGAGGCACUUGUUUCAGCUUUGAUGUUUCUCUUCUAACAUGUAAACCCAAGUCUGGUGACAUCGAAGAGGAAUCCCGUAUAAUGCAUAGUGAUCGCUCUGCGAAUGCAUUUCAACCUUUUGGUAUACAACUUUUGGUGCCUUCACCAAAACAAGAGGGGUCUCAUGUCGUACUCUUCAUAGAAGGCGAUGAACGAAGAAAGAUUUUGGUGAAGUACAUCAGCAGGUUGAACAUAAAAGUAUCAUAUGUAAAGUAUGCGAAAAAUCUUCUUCCACAACUUGAGAAGAUAAAGCGUAAGUUGGAUAUUUCCUACUUUAAUUAUUCAGAAAAAUCCCAACAAGGUUUUCAUGACCAAUUAAGCACAUCUGCAUUCAAAAACUCGGAUUCAAGAGCAAGUGAUGGAUCUCAAAGCACCAAGGAUGAAGAUGUACAUACUUGUAGGAAGAUCAACUCUAGAAAUUCACCUGCGAGCAUUGUACUCGUUGUGAUUGACACCAACGGAGGUGCUUUCUCUGAGCUGUAUACAACUAUGGCUAGCUUCAGGAAAGACAUUCAUAACUCAAGAUGCAAGGUUGUCUGGCUCAAUAGUUCAAUCACGCGUAACACACAUCUGCUGCAAAUGGAAGGAUGCAGCCUAGCUUCUCCAAAUGAUUACAUCAUAUACAAACCAUUUCACGGAUCACGCUUGUAUAAAGUAUUGGGACUAUUACCCGAACUUAAGGGAUGCAACUUGCCAGAACUAGAAAUGAGAAAACAAGAUCAAGAAGCGCAACAAAUAGAUCUCAAGCUCGCAACAAAUGAAUCAGGAAGGUCGUCGUCAUUGCAACAAGUAAUCAUUCAUAAAUGUGUGGAGAAAAAAAGUGACCAGGAGCUCUUGCACGGAAGGAAAGUUCUGGUUGUUGACGAUGAUCGAGUAACAAGAAAGGUAAUUGCUAAUUCUCUUCAAAGACUCGGAGCAGUCGUUGAAGUUUUAGAGAACGGGAAAGAGGCCUUUGAACAAGUUUUUAGAUCUCUAAGCGAUCAUAGCAAGAAGGGUCAUACGAAGUCCACCCUCUACGACUACAUUUUCAUGGAUUGUCAGAUGCCAAUAAUGGAUGGAUUCGAAGCAACAAGACUGAUACGGAUGGAGGAAAAACAAUACGGCAUUCAUCUUCGAAUUAUCGCGUUAACAUGUCAUGCGACAACUGAGGAGGUUAGCAAGACUCUUGAAGCAGGGAUGGAUGUCCAUUUAACUAAACCAUUCAAGAUGGACAAGUUCAUGCGGGUCAUCGAAAUCCUUUGAGGACAAUUAAAACUAGUUUUUCCAUUUCUUGUUUUCGUAGGGUGUUGGGUUUUAGUUUUUUGCUGUGAAUAAUUUUGUGUUUCUCCGGCAAAUAAGUUGAUAUUGUUGGUUUCCUCCGGUCGAAAUCCAUCUGUAUAUAAUUAUCGAUCUAAUUUUGAGACGAUGAAGGUAUAUAUAUUGGGUGAGUUACAACUUUGA